AUGGAACAAGCUAUCGUCGUGCAAGCGUAUGUAAUGAUGGCACAGGGUUCCGUUGGUAUAGCUGGAAAUCUUCUUGUGUGUUUGACAAUUGCAAAAACUAAAUCAAUGCACAAUGUAACGAACGGCUUUCUCUUCAACCUGGCUUCGGUAGACGCUUUCGUUUCACUCAUGGCUUUCUUACAGCCAUACCUAGAACAUCAUUUUGGUUCCAAAAUCACUGCAUUUGGAUACUGCACUCCAUCAUUCGUCUACAACUUCGCCUGCAAUUUCAUCACGACAUGGUUCGUGAGAAGUUUUUUUACUUGCUCAAUACUGAGUCUGACUUUAGCAACCCUCGAACGCUACAUUGGGAUCAUUCACCCAUUCCAGCAUUCAAGUUUCUUUACAAGAAGAAAGAUCAUUAUUUUGCUGUGUUCCGUCUGGGUGAUUUCUUUUCUUACUGAGACACCGUUUACAGUAGCCUUUAUCACCCUGUACGUAUCCGAUAACUGCACAUUAGCAACAAACGACAAGUACCCAGGUUUGCUUGUACAAGAAGUAGUGAAAUCAUUCGCGACAUUUGUAUUGCCUUGCAUUGUACUGGCUUUUAUGUACAUCAAGAUCAUGAUCAAUUUGAAGUCAGGAGCUCAACAUCUUGAAGAACAAGGAGUCCAGGGGCCACCUCAAGAACUGUAUCGAGCUCACAAGAAAGUCACCCAAGCUCUUAGCUUCGUGAUAGGAGCCUUCUUCAUUCUCAUUUUGCCAGGUCAAAUCUUGAAGCUCGUUAUAGUUUACACUGGACAGUUUGGUGGUGAUCGAAGAUUAUCAUCUUUUGUCUCUAGAGUCUCAUCCACAGUGAUAAUGACGAACUCUGCCAUAAAUCCAAUCGUAUAUGGAUUCAAAUACACCCAGCUACGUAGAGCCUGUAUUGCCAUCAUAUGCCCAUGUAGUACACGCUGUAACAGGUCCAACCAAGUUCAACAAGACGUUCAAGGCACAACUUAA